CUUAGUGCUGAUUGAGAUCAUUGGCGUCCGCGACCUUGUUUGACCGCCUCACCCCCAGCUUACGGGUAGGAUCCUUACCUUCCUUCCCGUACGAUAUGUCAUGAUUGAGAUUCCGACACUGUGAUGCCGUUAGUGAGAUGCUGUUGUCUCAUGAUCCGACUCCAGCCCCAGGACAAUUAUAUAAAGGCUUUAACAUCGUCACAUCGAAUGUCCAAUCUGUCUGAGUUCGUCCCUUGAUUUACCUUCAAUAUCUCAUCUAUCCCACUACAAAGAGUAACUCCUUCCUUGUACCACAACCCAUCUACUUGAUUGAAACACAUUGCAAGCAUUAUUCAACAUGAGCAAACCUCAAAUCGUCCUUGUACCUGGAGCCUGGCAUUCUCCAGACGCCUUCUCCACCGUCACCUCCCAGCUCGAAUCCAACGGCUACACCGUUCAUACGAGACAAUUGCCAUCCGUGGGUAACGACAACCCACCAAAGGACCUCACCGAAGAUGUCAAUGCUCUUCAAGAAUUAGUCACCAAGGCAAUUGGCACUGGAAACGAAGUGAUCGUGGCCCCGCACAGUUGGGCUGGCAUCAUCACGGGCAGCGCGUUGACAGGCUUCGGCAAGAAGCAGCGUGAAGAGAAGGGCGAGAAGGGAGGCGUGGUGACAUGUGCGUACAUGUGUGCCUUCAUUGUGCCGGAAGGUGUUAGUCUGCACGAUGCCGCCGGUGGAGUAAUACCGCCGUGGUACGCGCACGAGGAUCCGUACACCGUUGUCAAGGACGGCAGCGUGUUCUACAAUGACCUUCCGGAGGAGCAGUCAAAACACUGGCAGUCGCAGUUGCAGACUCAUAGCUACGCUACCCAGGCCGCACCGGCGACGGGUGCGUCGUGGAAGGAGAUUCCAACUCGCUACCUGCUGUGUGAGGACGAUCAGGCAAUUCCUGCCUUUGCGCAAGAGUUGAUGGCCAAUGGAGUCAAGGAGGCUGGAGGUGAUAUUGAAGUGGAGAGGAUCAAGACAAGUCAUUCACCGUUCUUGUCGAGACCUGAUUUGGUAGUAAACUGGAUCCGAAGGGUUGCUGGAGAGACAAUUUGAAGAACAGGAUGAGAACGGAAACAGUAGUAUAUAAUAUGAGAACAUUGAAUAUGUAAUUGCGUCCAACAACGCAUAUCAG